AAAAAACAUUUGCAGCAAGGUGAUACCUGUCACACCUGUUUUUACUACUCCCAUCAAUUUUUAACUUCAUAAGGUUUCGUCUUUGUAAUGUAAGCACAUUUUAAAUGACGGGGGUUCAGAAGGGGGCUGGUGUGUCGAUACCUUUUUGCCAUUGAUGACUUGAGUGACAUCACGGCGUAGGGCAGCAGGUCUUGAUGCUCCGCCCUGCCAAAACGCACCUGUUCAGUCACCUGGAGACAAGCAGCGCUGGCAGACUGGAGGCACUGGAAGAGGCAACAGCAGCAGUAUGGAAGGAGUCUACUCAAGCAAAAGGAUGCCUGGAGUUUUCUCCUACGAGAGUUCAGAGAUCGACUGGUGUGAAGACAACUACGAACACUCGGAACACGUGGUGGAGUUCUUCAACACUACGAGCAGCUUCAUUUUCUUUAUCAUAUCUCCCAUCAUGCUCUACCUCCUGCAUCCGUACGCCAAAGAGAGGAACUUAGCAAUUCACCUGGUCUGGAUCAUGAUGUUAUUUGUUGGACUCUUCUCUGCCUACUUCCAUAUGACUCUCAGCUUUGUCGGCCAGAUGUUGGAUGAGCUGUCAAUCCUGUGGGUGUUGGCAGCGGGUUACGCCACAUGGUUCCCACGUAGGCUCUUCCCUUCUUUCAUCAAGAACAGGUCUACCUUUGCAAGACUCAUCCUGGUGGGUACGGUCGUCACUUCGGUCACCUCCUUUGUCCGGCCCGCAGCCAACGCCUACGCUCUCAACUGCUUCGGCCUGCACCUGCUCUACGUCGUGGCCGUUGAGAUGAGAUGCUGCACCGACCAGAAGGUUUUAAGACUGGCCAAGAUGUCGGUGGCUUUGUGGAUACUUGCCAUCUCCUGCUGGAUUAGUGAUCGCUUUGGCUGCGGAUUUUGGCAGAGGCUGAACUUCUGCUAUCUGCACGGCGUGUGGCACAUUUUGAUCGCGAUAGCUGUGGCGUACGCUACAACGCUCGUGGCUUACUUGGAUGCCAGCUACGAGAUCCCUUACUCGCUGCCUGGACUGCAGUACUGGCCCUGUGAAAAAUGGGCGCUCGGAUUACCUCAUAUUGUCCUGAAAGGGACAAGGAAGACAUUAAAGCGGUGCUAAUGGCUUAAUCACCAGAGCACUUGGAUACAAGAGUGUAUAUCUCACCUCAAGUGGAAAAAGUACUUUGUAUGACUGUAACAAAAAGUGCAACUAUGUUAUGUUGGUGUGUUGUGGAUAAUUUUUUAAAAAUUAAAUGUAUGUAUUUAUGGUCAAUAA